AGUAUAAUAGACAGAUCUCAUUACUGUAAAUAAUAUAUCAGUCACUUCUCUAUGGGUUGAGGUUUGGGGUUCGGUGAGUUGGGGUUCGGGUUCACCUGAGCCGAGACGUUAUGGGCCAGGCGGGCGCUGAUUGGCUGGCACGGGUUCACCUGAGCCGAGACGUUAGGGCCAGGCGGGCGCUGAUUGGCUGACAACUUCCCAAUGGUAAUAUUUGAAUUUACUUGGGAAGGAAAACAUCUAGUCAGACGAGCUGUAAAUUUAUGAAAAAAAAUGGCCCAAAACGUCCCACCAGGAACAGUUGCUGCCUCAGAUUCCAACAAAAAUAACAAUGAGAGGGCUAUAGCAGGCAGAGACUCACACUCCGUCAGUAAAAGACUUCAGCAUGAAUUGAUGACUCUGAUGAUAUCCAUGGACAAAGGAAUUUCUGCAUUCCCAGAUGGAGACAACUUGUUUAAGUGGGUUGGAACACUCACAGGUCCAGCAUCUACAGUAUAUGAGGGACUAUCAUACAGAUUGUCAUUAGAAUUCCCAAGUAGCUACCCAUAUGCUGCCCCGACAGUCAAGUUCAUAACUUCCUGUUUCCACCCUAAUGUUGAUCUACAUGGAAACAUCUGCUUAGAUAUUUUAAAAGAAAAGUGGUCUGCAUCUUAUGAUGUUCGGGCCAUUCUCCUCUCAAUCCAGUCUUUGCUGGGAGAACCAAACAAUGACAGUCCUCUUAAUGGACAUGCAGCUGAACUAUGGGCUAACCAGGUAGCAUACAAGAAACAUCUAUUAGAGCAUUACAAGAAGGCAAAUGGAGAAUCCAAGUAAUAAUCCAACUUUGUUUGUACAGUACUGUAUGUAUACAGUAUUUGUGAGCUUGGAAAUGCACUCAAGUUUCAUUGCAGUUGUAUGGUUGUGCUUGGAUAUGUGAAGUGUGUUUUAUGACUAUUAGAACAAAGCUUAUUGGUCAGUAAUCCUUCAGUUAAUUUGACGGUUUAUUCUAAUAAAAGUGUGAUUUUAAGUUUUGGUCAACAGACCAGUAAAUCAUUUUAAUAACAUAAUAAGAUUAAAUAUGAUAAUACUGUAUAUUCUUCCACUAUAUAGCAGUGUAACUGUAGCAGAGUAGAUCAUAAUAUAUCUAAAACAUACAGUAGCUACUGCAGGAGGAGCACUUGAUAUUUUACCGUUUUUAUUAAAUUGACUAAGGUUUACUGUACAGUGUAUAUUUAUUAAUCAAAGAGUUACUGUUUUAUUUGCUUAUUAGCAUGUUUGGAAAACUUUUGAGAUUGUUUGUAUGUUGUAGAUAUCAAAUCACCUGUGCCAUCCUCAGGUCUGAGGGUGGCUUAUGAAUUGGCAGUAAUCAUCUUGUUUACAAAUUGCAAUAAACCUUCUCCUCUUUCAUAACCCAGGUGGUCCUACGUCUGUUGCUUCUUUACUCUUCCCUGCAUUCGUAUGAAAAUCGACCAUUGUAAAUCUAACUAACCUUCACUAAAUUUCAGUUACUUUUUACCUUCUUUAAAUUUUCAUAAAACGUCUACCUUAUUCUCACCAUUAUUUGUUAAUGCAUAAACCUGAAUUAUUGCUAAGUCCAUGGGUGUAAUAUAAAACUUGAUGAUUAGAACUUUUUGACACUGCCUGAAAUCCCUCUACACGACUUAAUUACUUCUGCUCUACAAAAAUUUCAGCACCUCCAGCUUUUCACCACCUGAAUAUAUGAAGGGGUAUUCUUCUCCACUAAGAGUAUUUGGGCCUUUUCAUCUCGCUUCACCUAGAAUGCCACACUGCAAUAUUUACAUCUUCGUGCAAACAUUUGCUUAUGUCACAUUCAUAUACACUACAUUCUAGGUUCCUAUUUUAAGUAUAUAUUUAUCUUGUUUACCUAAUGGCCACCCACUAGAGGUGGCCAUGCUGAGGAAAGGACAGCAAGUGGCCUUUGUAGUUCGUGAUAAUUUUUCAUGGGCUAUUUUGAUGCCCAAUAUUGUUUGUGGUUUCACAGACAAACGUUAGAUUUGGUUAAGUUAGGUCAGGUUUUGUUAGGUUUGGAGUGAUUUGUUUUUUGUAUGCUUUUGCCAUACAAUCAAAAUACUGUAUAUAAGAAAAAUGUGAUUUCGUCUAAAAAGUCGUGGGUGGUCCUAAAACGAAUGACCCAAAACUUCACAGUUCCAGCCUUAUACUUUUGUAUUACAACAGUAUCCUUCUCAUCUUAUAUAUUCUAAUGAUACUCUGAUAUUAAUAAGCAAUUCUGAAGAGUGGAACGUUGUCAAUACUAAAUAGAUUCAAUAAAAAACACACCCAUAUGAACUAAUGAACAGUCAACAUUGACAGAAGUAGGUGUACUGUACUGUACUGUACGACUCGUCUUUCUGUCUUAUUGAAAUCGAAGAAAGGUUUCGUUUCUUAGGGAGUUGCUAUAGCAAUUAAUAGCUGCACAAUACCAGGGCCUCAUUGUAGCUGCUAUAAAGAAAUGCACAAAAAUAAAAUCGUGAUUUUUUCGAA